UGAAGAGAGAUAUCUCUGGUUUCUUGCCGCAGUGACAUGGCUUCAGUUCCGUACUAUAUUCCUAACCAGGAAUAUAGCAACGCUGGAUUGAAUAAUAUAUCAGACUGCGUUCACUCGGCUAUGGAAAUUGCUGAGAAAUGCCCGUUAGCUAUACCUGUCAAGCACGACCUCCCACCAGGGGUUUACGCCUGUCCUGAGUUUAUGAAUAUGUUCUCGGGUGUACAGAUUAAACCGCCUAUCCAUCUCCUGGACUGGACCUAUGACCGCCGCCGGACUGCACAGGAUGUCCUGCCCUAUCUAUAUCUGGGCCCAAAUAAUGCCAUGCGGGAUACAGAGUUUCUUGCAAAAAACGGCAUUACUUUGCUUCUAGCUAUUCGGGAUCGAACUCGAAUUCAGGCUGUGACGGUCAACGGAGAUAGGGUAGCGGCUAGCCUAGGGAUCGAGUCGGACGUUGUCGAAAUAGACAGUGCACAGGAACUUAUCAGUAAACUCCCCAUUAUCAUCCGCCGAAUCAACAACCAUGUGUGCCCAUGUCCGGCUCACCAACCGGAGGGACAUGGCAGAACGAGAAAAGUGUUGGUGUUCUGUGAUACAGGAAAUGAUAGGUCAGCCUGUGUGGUCGCCGCAUAUCUUAUGGCGAUGUUACAAACUGGAGCAGCUGUAGCGUCAAGCCACGUUCAAGUUCGACGACUGUCCACCAAUAUUAGCCCUGUCUUCAUGGAUAUCCUAAAGGCCUUUGAGCCCAUACUUGAUGCGCAGAGGGCUAUUGCUAGGAACACAUUAGACAACCACGGAACUAGUGGGUUGCUUAAGCCUGGCAAUGCACUCUCAAGGAAACGGUCUUUCCAGGUUGCCGAAGAGUCCCAUAACGCAGACGGAGAGGCCAUGACUAUGGAUCUCUGCCGGCCAUCUCUUCCGCCCUUCCGUGAUGUAAGCAACAUCUAGAGAAGUAGCAACACGCGGAACGAUCUUUCCAUCCAGGACUUCCUACUGGCUCCUUCCUUAGCCUCCAUUCGCUCUUUCUCAUUGUUAUUGUUUUCAAGACGUCAACAGCAUUUUGCACUAGCGCAGGAAGGCCCGACCCUC